UUGAACUGUGAAGUUGAAGGUGGAGGACUCUGCCGGCAGCACUACUUUCUUCUCCAAGUGCCUGUGUGUCUGAGGCUGGAUUUAAAGCCUCCAGCGUGUUUGGAGUUAAUUCCCAUUAGGUUGGACUCCGCCCCGCUCUCCCAAAGGUAAAGCAAGGUUUUCGGGCGUCACUGCAAAGAGCAGCUGGGAUUCCCAUCCCCGACUGACAAGCUGUGGGGAAGUUGUUUCUCAGACCUGAGCCCCGAAGAGAGGGAACAAGUCAGUCAGCUUUCCUGGUCAGAAGAGAAACUUGAGACCAUGAGGAGUAGCCUGACCCUAGUGGGGACCCUUUGGGCCUUCCUAUCUCUUGUUACCGCUGUGGCCAGUUCUACCAGUUAUUUUCUGCCUUACUGGCUCUUCGGAUCCCAGCUAGGGAAGCCAGUGUCAUUCAGCACAUUCCGGAGGUGCAACUACCCUGUUCGGGGAGAAGGGCACAAUCUAAUCAUGGUGGAGGAAUGUGGGCGCUAUGCUAGCUUCAGUGCCAUCCCAAGCCUGGCCUGGCAGAUGUGCACAGUGGUGACAGGUACUGGCUGUGCUUUGUUGCUCCUGGUGGCACUGGCUGCUGUCCUGGGCUGCUGCAUGGAAGAACUCAUCUCCAGAAUGACGGGACGUUGCAUGGGAGCAGCACAAUUUGUGGGAGGGCUGCUGAUAAGCUCAGGCUGUGCAUUAUACCCCUUAGGAUGGAAUAGUCCGGAGAUAAUGCAAACAUGUGGGAAUGUCUCCAAUCAAUUUCAGUUAGGUACCUGUCAGCUUGGCUGGGCCUAUUACUGUGCUGGAGGUGGAGCAGCUGCAGCCAUGCUGAUCUGCACUUGGCUUUCUUGCUUUGCUGGAAGAAACCCGAAGCCAGUCAUGUUGGUGGAGAGCAUCAUGAGGAAUACCGAUUCUUAUGCCAUGGAGCUUGAUCACUGCCUCAAAUCUUGAACUUGGGCAGAAGAGUGGAAAGGGUGUGAGAAGGGAGGGAAGAUAGCCCUGCAAAGAGGCACCAAGAUAAAGUCCAGUUGCCACCCAUCUGUCAGUAGUAUAUAUAGUGUUUGCAUGCUUUUAAACUCACUUGUCAUUCAUUUUCAUGUUCCCAUAAUUCAGUACAUCAGUGGAUACUUGCAAAAUUCAUCUAGAAAAGUGAUUCUCUCAAAUUUUUACCCAGCCAGCAAGUAGUUUUCAAGUUCCACAGUAUUCCUUUAGGCAAAAUAAAGGGAU